AUGACUUCACUCGGCGCCUCUUUGACGGUGAAGCCUGCGAAUGAGGCACUGAAGAUUCCACACAGUCGGGACCAGUUGCCCAAGCUGCUUUUCAUCAACAAUGAGUAUGUCGAGUCAAAGAACAGCAAGAAGCUCGAAGUGCACAACCCCAGGGAUGAUAGCCUGGUAGCAAACGAUGUCGCCCUUGCUGGUGAGGAAGACGUCAACAUCGCAGUGGCUGCUGCGGCGACGGCCUUCAAGAGCUGGCGAAACACCCCUGCUAAGACGCGGCGCGACUGCAUGCUUAAACUCGCCGAUUUGAUCGAAGCCAAUGGAAAUACCUUUGCGGAAUUGACUCGAAUUACCCUGGGCGCACCCUUUGGGUCAUUCGGUUCUUUCGAGAUCAACCUCGCAUGUGAAGGAUUCCGCUAUUUCGCUGGGUAUACAGACAAAUUUCCAGGAGAGACGUUUCCCGCCGAUGACGGGUUCCUUAAGAUUGUAACAAAUGAGCCUCUUGGCGUCACCUGUGGCAUCGUGCCGUGGAACGGGCCCUUGGGUAAUAUUGGGAUGAAGGCUGGACCUGCUCUUGCCACUGGAAAUACCUUCAUUCUGAAGCCCUCGGAAAAGACCCCAUUUGCGGCCCUGGCUCUUGGAACUCUCAUCAAGGAGGCCGGUUUCCCUCCUGGUGUCUUCCAGAUCUUGUCCGGUGACGGAAGCACUGGGGCACUUCUCGCCAGCCACAUGAAGGUCAACAAGGUCAGCUUUACUGGUUCAACAACCACGGGACGCAAAAUCCAAGAGAUGUCGGCAAGAAGCAACCUCAAGAGAGUUACGCUGGAACUUGGUGGCAAGAGUCCAGCUGUGGUUUUUGAUGAUUGUGACUUUGAGAACGCUGUGGCUUGGUGCGCCAAUGCCAUCACUGCCAACACCGGUCAGGUGUGUUUUGCAGCUAGCAGAGUGUACGUUCAAGAAGGUAUCUACGACAAAUUUGUAGCGGCGUACAAGGCUGCCAUGGAGGACAAGGCCAGGGGAGCCGGAGAUCCCGAUGCGGAGACAACCACUCUUGGCCCUCUGGUUGACAAAGCUCAAUACGAUCGAGUCACAGGCUUUAUUGAGCGUGGCAGAAGUCAGGGCACCUUGAUUGCUGGUGGCGGCCGCAUUGGUACUGAGGGCUUCUUCAUUCAACCAACCGUCUUUGAAGGCGUUGAUGCGGAUGCCGAGAUUUGCCGCAACGAAAUCUUUGGGCCCGUUGCGGUCCUGAACAAGUUCAAGACCGAGGAUGAAAUUAUCGCCAGGGCCAACGAUACCGAGUUUGGCUUGAUGGCUGGAGUCUUUAGUCAGGAUAUCAACAAAGCCCUCCGAGUGGCCGCUGACUUUGAGUCAGGCAUGGUGGGCGUAAAUUGUAUAAGUCUCUGCUUCCUCAAUGCCCCAUUCGGCGGUACGAAGAGUUCUGGAAUCGGAAGAGAGAACGGCAUCGAGGCCAUGCGCGCCUAUACUGAGAGGAAGACUAUUAUGGUCAACAUGGCGAAACUUUGA